CAAAAAAAGAAUCAGUGCUAAAGAUAGACCCAUGCUGACACGAACUAAAAGUGUCAUUUGAUCCGAACUGCCGAGUAAGGGGACCAUUCCAAAUCGAGCGGUGGUCUGACAUAAUCAAGGUCACUCGCAAUGGAUGUCGAUGACGAGUCGUUUUCUGUUUCUGUGGACCUCGACAGCGAUGAUUCGCCCCCUUCUUACCGCUCGACGCCGCAAGCAACGAGCUCGAGAUAUGCAGAUUCACCCCAGCCGCACUUUGGAGAUUCCCCGCAGCCUACAUUACCUCGGUUGACACUGAAGCUUCCGUCGUUGAAGAGCUUACAAGCUACAACACAUGUCGAACACAAACCAAGAAAGUCCCAUACUGGUGCUGCUGUCGGCAAGAGAAAGAAAGGGACAAAGAGUUCAGGGCAUGAGUAUGGCGUGCCUCCAUCAUCAAAGGUGCCUCGACCGGUGAAGCUGAAACCUUUGAAAGAGGUGCUAAGCAAGAUAAUUGCCCAAAUAAAAAGGAAGGAUGCCUAUGCCUUUUUUCUUGCGCCUGUAGACGUGUCUUUAGUGCCAGGCUACACGAACGUCGUCAAGCAUCCGAUGGACUUGGGCACAAUGACAAGCAAAGUGGAGAGAGGGCGGUACAGGAGCUUGGAAGAGUUCACGUCGGACCUUAAGCUUGUUACUGGUAACGCCAAAUCUUUCAAUCCACCUGGUUCGAUAUACCACACGGAGGCGGAACGCAUAGAGGCAAUAGGGCUUGAUCUGAUAGCCCGUUCGGCAGGGACCGUGAUUCAAUAUGAGACAGAGUGGACUGUCGAUGUCGUCGGAGACGACGAAUUGGAAGGCGUAUCUGACGGUGCCUUCGACUCAAACCAAGCGAUGGAUGUGGACGAAGCUAUUCCGGAACCUGCCGCUGCCGCUUCUGUAACCGAAGAGGAUUUUGGGCGAAGGAGGAGUACCAGAGCCCCGUAUAAAAAACCCACUCCAGCCACGCUGAAAACAACUGUCUCGGAGAGCAUCGAAGAUGGACGUCUUCCUGGAAGCAAAGAUGGGUUAGGUGAUUUCCCCCCAGGGUCAGACUGGGCGAGAGUGAUGCUUGAGUUGAAGGUAAAGGGCAAACGUUAUCGGACGAAAAAGGAGCGUUUACGAUUUGAAAAAGAGGGUCCUCCAUAUACUCCGGAUGGUAGCCUGGAUUAUACAGAGAUGGAAGACCCGUUUUCGAUUUUGUCAGUUCUCGUUCCAGAAGGGAAGCCAGCGAGAUUAGGUCUAGUCCCAAUAUACUCUACUGCACCUUCUACGACCACCACCUCAGCAAGCACACCGCAAUUUCUAUCCACUGGAACACCUCCACCACAUGCACAUUCAGCAACUCCACAACCACAAUUUCCGUCGUAUCCUAUACCUGUUAUGCUUCCUCCCACACGACCCCCGCUUGUCGUUGACAACCCUCCUACGCGAAAACAUUGGAACCUUGUCAAAGGUGUUACCGCCAGGGCAAAGGGUCGUGAAGAAGGGGUCGACGUCAACAAAGAGAAGGAUGGAAGACCUAGAGAGGUCCAUCCUGUUGAUUGGGGAUCGUUUGCAUGUGUUGAAGGCGAAUUGUGGGAUUCGGGCGAGGAGCUUAAACAAACGCUUGAAGACGCCAUGACAGAAGAAGAGUCAUAUAUUCAAGACAUCGUGUACGGAGGUGUAGAAGGCUUAGCAUAUGUGAAAAGUCUGUCCGAGUUUGUAGGACAAACCGGAUGGGUAGCCGAGUGGGUGAAGGAAAAUAUCGUGAAUCCUAUCAUUGGAGGUCCUCAUUUAUCGGAAAAGAUUGACAUGGAAGCAUUGAUUCAGCGACCAGAGGAACUAUUCGAGAGCGAGGAGGUGUGGCAAGGGAAGAUGUUUGUGAAAAAGGAACAUGUGCUCGAGACUUCCGAAGAGCUUGGUGAAGUACUCGAGUACGUAGCAGGGAAGUUGAAAGAUCUGGCCGCCGCGGGUGGGCAACGGACAGUGGAUGAUGAAGAGAUGAAGAACCUUCGCAUGAAUCUAUUGGCCUUGGCGAAGAGGGCUCCCCUUGAUAGUAUCGCCACCUUGCCCACCGAGCUGAUACCGGAACACAUCAGAGGUCUACUGCAUGCGCCUUGACGGCUCUUUGUCUCCCUAUUAUCUCACCAAUAGACGCACCUACUCCAUCCGACGAGCCAGUUGGGAUCCAGCACUUUGCUGCGCAGUUCCACUGCUACGGGAGACGCUUGGAGGAC